AUGACCUCAACCACCCUCAUGACUUUCUUACUCACGACCAACCCUGAGAUCCGAUCGGUCAAGCUGCUCGGAUCAUGGGAUAAUUUCUCAAAGGCUUAUCCCAUGGAGAGGGAUAGGCGCGUGGGACCCGGUCAAUGGCGUGGAUGUCAUACAUUUACGGAUAUUAUAGGAGAUGGGCCUCCCGGUGACAAGUCUCAAAGGCGUACGGGAGCUCUGAAGAUGGGUGCUACCUACUGGUACUAUUAUCUACUGGAUAAUGAUGUGGAAUACUUCAGUCAAGUCGAACCUGUCACGACCAAAUGUCCUUUUCUACCAGGGCAGCCGGUGAAUAUUUUGAAUGUGCCAAUUAUCCUCCCCGACAGCCGCUCUCAUGCACGUUCGAGUAGCAACAGCUCGCAAAAGUCCGACUACCGAACAAUGAACCCGGAAGACAAGUUCAUGAACCCGCGGAAGCCACCAAAGCCCAACUUGGCACGCCUACAGACCUCUGUGCCUUAUCCUCAAAAUCUUAACCCGUCUGUUGCUACCAGCACUUCCCCGGGUAUGGUUCAUCGCAGUGCCUCUCAGCCGAAUAGUGCCACGCGAAAAUACCAUCAUGCCAAGGAUGCUCGCUCUGUUUCGCCCCCGAGAGACCAGGCUCUCCCUACUUUCCGAGCUCCUCCUGAAGCAAAGAGCCCGAAGUGGACCGAGGUGCCAUCAAGAUCCAACACGGUGGAUGGAAGGCUGCAGGAUCGCCCAGGCAAUGUGAUUGUUCCCGGGCCCGCUUCGUCAUGCGCGAACCACACUGAAUUGUGUGCUGCGCCCACUAUUCAAACUCGUCGUGCGAUGAAAACAAACGGCAAUGAGGUCGCACAGACACGGAAUCUACUCACGGUAGAGACCCGUCCCCAUUUCCGAAAGCCUAGCGUUUCAAGAGGCGCCGCAGCGGGGCCUACUUUGGGAACGGUCGAUGAAACACAAGCUUUGAAAGAUGCACUCACAUUGGCAAGCUCCGGUGAUCUCACAACUCCAAAGGGACGCAGUAUUCAUGACAAGCGACUCCCCACGCUACCCAACACUCCUUCCUCAGUCAUGGACGAGGCAGUGCACGCCAUGGACGAGACCGACAAAGCCAUGAACGCUCAAAUUCCCCGCAGCUACUUCUCGAGUCUAACCACGACAACCGGCGAGUCUACCCACUCUCACUUCAUCCCCGAACGCAGCCGAUUCUCAGAAUGGAGCACGGAUACCGAGACCGAAACCGAGGAUAACUCCCCCGAGUCAAUGAUCUCCACAUCUACAUUCAAUCAAGAAUACACCGACUCCCCAGCCCUGGACGACUGGUGUACACCAGAGCUCUCCCAGGCCAACGACGCCGCAACAAACACCGAUCCGAACACUCCUCACCUAACCGUGCACUCAAAACCGUCCUCCCCCAACUCCGCCUCCGGCGAAAUCCCACCAUGGAACAUGACCUCCUUGAACAUCUCCCUCCCCCAACUCACCGUCUCCCUCUCCUCCCCGGGCCUACCCACAGGCCUAGGCAUCGACCAAAUGGACGAAGUAGAAAGCAACCCCAAACGCCACGCCGCCCUCUUCAGCGCCCUCGAAUCCAUGGAAUCCCUCUCCCUCUCCCGCAGCCCAGACGGCUCCCCCAUCCUCUUACCCGAGAUCCAGCGCCGCUCGGACGCGGAGCGCAGCGAUGCCGACGACGAAGUCUAUCGACGCGUUCUCUCGCGCGCUAGUGAAGCUUCGUUCCGGGGGAAUAGCACUAUGCAGGAGAUUUUGGAUGAGCUGAGUUAUUUGAAGAAUAUGAUUCAGGCUGAGAUGGACGGGGAGCCGUUUUAG